AUGAAUUCAAAAGCAUCCGGAAUUCCAUCGACAUCAGUGGAAUUCAUGAAAAUGAAUUCAAGCUCGGAUGCAAAUAUUACUUACAGUACAAAGUUAGCAAGUCUUCCAGAAUCCGUAAUUCAUCGAGUAUUCUCAUAUUUAAGCCAUCCGGAAUUGCUACAAGCUCAGCGUGUCAACAAACAAUUUUACAGAUUGAUCAAACGAAAUGUCCACUUAUUAUGUCGACCGGAAGUAAUCGAAAUGGCAAUUAGCAUGUGCGGGUGUGAAAAACGAGCUCGACCAUUUGGACGAUUGCAAACAUCGUUAAUGUUAAAAGCAAGCAGAAGAAGGCGAUUGUUUCUGAAAUUCACCAGGAAAACAUCUUCCGUAUUGAAAUAUCGGGAAUUAUUUAAGGAUGAAGAUUAUACUGGUGAUCGUAACGAUUUAUCAGAAAAUUUGCUAAAUUAUUUGGAACAACAAUUCAAGGAAGCAAACAUUCAUGGCAUACUUUCAUUCUCGGGUAUUGCAAUCACUACUAAUCUUUAUAACAGUUUAUGCAAAAGUUGGGUCAAAAUUGACAAUGCUACACGUUUGGUAUUCAUAUUAUGCCGUUUUCGGUUAUCAUCGAAGUAUUUCCGCAAAUUAUUGAUGCGUACAAAUUGUCAUCAAUUGAACAUCGAACUUUCUCAUUUCGAACAAUGCCUUAUUGAUGAUUUGGUUUUGGAAGCAAUGCCGGAAUGUCGGGAAUUGAUUCUGAGCAGUGCGACUCCCAUAUAUUUCGCCUGUUUCACUGAUAAUUCGUUGCAUCGAUGGGCUGUUCAGGAAAAACUACCCAAAAAGAUUAUUCUUCGCAAUAUUCGAGCUAAUUUUACAUUUGAUGGAGUUAUAACUUUGAUUAAUGCACUGCAAAUUCGGCACCCGGAAUUAUUUUCCAAUACAGUUCAACCCGCGAUAUCUGUCGCUUGCUGGAGAAAGACAGUAUAUGACUGGGAUUUUGGUUGUAUAGCAUUACCGGAACAGAAUCAAGGAAAUGGUAUUGUUGAACUAUUGAGUACACCGGGUGUGGUGACUCAUGUUUCCCGUUCGUGCAACCUUGCAAACGCAGUUGAUGUCACCAUUAAUUCCAAAGAUUUUUAUUUAAGUACAACAAAAUGCCAAGUUUCGAUUAGGUUCCAACUUGCUAUUUCUUCUCAAAAGGAUUUAUGA